AUGAGCUUUACGUCUGAUGAGGUAAACUUCCUCAUUUAUCGGUACCUGCAAGAGGCAGGCUAUUGUCACUCCGCCUACUUAUUUGGACUAGAAAGUGAAAUUAGUCAAUCAAACGUUGACGGCUCUCUUGUCCCCCCAGGUUCUUUGUUGAGUUUAAUACAGAAGGGCUUACAAUACACGGAGGCAGAAAUUAGCAUUGGCGAGGAUGGAAGUGAACGCGUUGUCGAGUCUCUUUCCCUUAUUGACGCUGUUGUUCCUGAUGUGAUUGAGAAGCGUAAAAGUUCAUUGAAGCAGCAACAGCAACAUCACUCUGCAGGGCCGGCUGCCUCAAACACUUCAACAAGUCAGCAACAGCAAUACAACAGCGCUACGAAUUCCAUGUCCACGUCGGCUGGUUCUGAAGCGUAUAAUUCUCAUCUCCCUCCCCCCACAACUUCUGAUUCUGUAAAUACACCAACCCCGAUGGAUAGCGACAGUGGCGGCCAACAUUGCAUGAACCCUGGCGUCCUCAUGCCUAACAAUCUUUCCUCCGCAGCAGUGUCUCAACAUCCCCAACAGCACAUGCCUCAGGCAUCCACUGUCACGUCAGUUUCUCCACCAUCGACCGGUGGAUUCAAUGCCGGAGGCAGUCCUACUAACACCGGACAUUUGCGCUUGCCAAAUAAAAGUCUUGUCGCAUCCCAGGAUGCCAUUUCCGGCCUCCCUGUCUCCAAUUCUGUUCUUCUUCCCUCAAUGCAAACGAAUGGUGACAACGGUCACGCCAAUCACUACCGUGGAAGUGGAGAUGCAGGUGGUGGUGUCCUUGCUGCUAUGGACUUGGAUAGAAUCUCCCAUCAACCGCCCAUCGGACCAUCGACCGGUGGGCCCCCCAGUGCCUCGGCUAGAUCCCCUGAUCCCGGUUUAAUUCCUCAAGACCGAAUCACCGUCCUUCGAGGCCACACCUCCGAAGUAUUCAUAUGCGCCUGGAAUCCCCGCACGGAUAUGCUCGCAUCAGGGCAACGCUGGAUAUGUUGUACUGACUUUCGCUAA